AUGGCGCCUCUCCGCCCUCCCUCCUCUUCCCUCGGCGUCCCUGGCGGCGCCUUAGAGACCCGGCCCGGCUUUGGGGCGCCGUGCGGGCGGCGGGGAGGCUCCUGCGGGCACUGGGGCGCGAUGGAGGACGUCCGUCCGAAUGAAGAUGACAUACGAGGCCGUCGCCAAAAAAGGAAAAAGGCCAAGGGAAAAAAUACUUUGGAGCAUCUUGAUUGCUUGGAGCUAGACAAUGGCAUUGUUGAAGCAGCUGUCCGUCGACCAUCUGAAAGCAGUGAGCCUCUGACAGCAGAGGGACAGGAUGUUCCACCUCAGAGGAAGCGUAAGAAAAAGAGAGUGCCUCCUGAAUCAGAGACAGCUUUCACUGAACAGAAUGGAAAUGAUAUGGAUCCUUCACCAACUGAAGAAACAGCGACUCGUAAACAACGGAAAAGAGUAAAGAAAAACAGCAGAGAUGCAUCUGAUGAAGUGGGCAGUGGUCCUAAAAUCCACAUGCCAAGACGUUUCCAGGCAGCUGACCGCAGAGAUUUGAUUAAAACUACAGAAAACAUUGAUGUAUUUAUGGAUAUGAAAGCUUCUUGGACUACCAAGGAUGUGGCACUUUCAGUUCAUCGUGGCUUUAGGGUGAUUGGACUCUUCACACAUGGCUUUCUUGCUGGCUACACUGUCUGGAAUAUCAUCGUGAUUUAUGUCCUGGCAGGAGACCAGCUGUCAACUGUCUCAAACUUGCUCCAGCAGUACAAGACUUUGGCGUAUCCUUCUCAGUGCCUACUUUAUCUCCUGCUUACAAUUAGCACUGUUUCAGCUUUUGACAGGAUUGACUUGGCUAAAACAUCUGUAGCAGUACGUGGCUUCCUUACUUUGGAUCCUGCAGCGAUUGCCUCUUUCAUGUACUUUGCAGCUCUUGUAUUAUCUCUGAGCCAGCAAAUGACAAGCGACAGAAUCAACCUCUACACACCACCUUCAGAGAAUGGUAGCCUCUGGACCUCAGGUGCAGAGGAGCAGGUUCUUCAGCCUUGGAUCGUGAUCAAUCUUGUGAUAGCUCUUCUUGCUGGAAUCUCUUGGCUCUUUCUGUCCUUCCGGCCCCAGCUGGAUCAUAGUGAAGAACUGAUGUUCAGUACUGAACUGGAAGAAUUUCCACCGUCAGAUAAAGAAGCCAAAGGGUCUUCAUAAUAUAGAGAAUGUCUUCAAACUUAACAUUUUGAUGGCUUAGCACUACCUAUUUGUACCUGUAAUACUUUUGUUUUUUAAACCUAUUUUUACAUUAUAUGCUUAUUUUGCAAAAAUAUUGUAUCUGUCAUUUUAAGUAUGCAUUAUUAAUGACAAAACUAUGUAAAAGACUACAGUGGUGCCUCACAUAGCGUUCUCUCCGUAUAGCGACAAAAUCGCUUUGUG